UGACCGCCAAGUGCGUUUUUACAUGGACGACGUCAAUAUUUUAUGCACCGACCUUUUAUCCGUCGACAGGACCCUGGACAGGACUGACUGGUACGGACGAGCCUCUGGGGCGAGACUGAACAGAGACAAGACAGAGGCCCAAUUUUUCGGACCGUGGGCAGACCCAGACUUGACCAGACUACCACUGACUGUGAAAACGACGGACAUAAGGGUACUCGGGGUAAAGUUUGACAGGGAGGGAGGAGGGAGAGGUAAUUGGAGUGGGAUCCUGGGGACAGUAAGACAGAGACUGGGAUUUUGGGGACUACGACAGCUGACUUUUGAGGGCAAGGUUUUAAUCAUUAAAGCAGUGAUUUUACCUGUGCUUUUAUUAAUCAGUUCUGUUUUUAUCCCCCCUAGGAGAACUCUUUUAGCCCUGGAGCGGAUGCUGUUUUACUUCUUGUGGGGGAGCAAGUGGGAGAGGCUGAGGAGGGAGGUGGUCAAGAGGCCCAGGUCCAAGGGGGGGAAAGGCUUGCCUGACCUCUACUUGUUCCUGGGCAGCCGCUACACAGCGUUACAUCUUACUCUUGCCACCUCCCCGGCCACCAAUAAGACCCAGGCCCUCGCAAGGUUCUGGCUGGGAUCUUACCUCAGGUCUCUGAGGCUGAUCCCAGUCGACCUGCGAGCCCCAGUCUCUUUCCUGCUUCCCACACACUACGCCCAGCUCCAGAAGUUUUUAAGACAUUUUAAAUUGGAAAAAGAAGCAGUCACAGUUUUAACUAAACAUCGCUCUCUUCUCUCUCUUGUGCAGGAUCGGGAACCAGUGUGUCCAGUGCGCGGGCUUGCUAUAGGCGAGCCCACAACGGUUUGGCGUAAUGUGGCCCAUCCUGCUCUCCUGAAUCAGCACCGGGACCUGUCCUGGAUGGUCGCCCAUGAGAUCCUCCCCGGUCAGGGCCGUCAUGCACUCCCGGGGCAUGGCGAGGACAUCCGCGUGCCCCCGACCAGGCUGUGGCCAAGAGGAGUCGCAGGGGAGGACCUAACGCCCCAGCUCGUGCUGUAUGGGGUGGGCCGAAGGCCUAUUCCACCAAAGGCCUUCACCAAGCUCUGGCCCACCCUCACGUGUCUGAAGGCAGCACUGUGGUCCUCCCGCAACCUGCUGGUAGCGAAACAGGUCAACACCACCCCCCAGGCAGUGGCCAUGGUAGCCACAGAAGCCCUGGGGUGGUACAGAAGGAAGGGGGCCUCGACCCCAGGCGAAGGGUCCCCCACAACACCCAAGGUCCCUGCGGCCACGGCCUGA